AAAAAAUGGACACAGAAAUUGGGAGCAGAACAGAUCUUGCUCUCCCAAACCCACAAGAGCCCACCAGUGUACCUGAAAUUGAACUUUCAAUAUUAUCUCUCCAUGAUAACGACUUACUGGAGAAUGCUGCCCCAUCCCCACCACGCCAAACGUGGCUGACUUUUUUGAAGAAGGAGCUGGAAUUCCUGGGGGUAACACAAAUUCUGAUUAGUUUGAUAUGCCUUUAUUUUGGAAUAUUCGUCUGCUCCGUGUUCAAUAGUUCAGAAUUUAAAGACUUUUUUUCAUCAUUUAAAGCAGGCUACCCAUUCUGGGGAGCAGUAUUUUUUGCUAUUUCUGGAUUUUUGUCAGUUAUGUCUGAAAAGAAACAGGCAACAUAUCUGAUACAAGGAAGUCUGGGAGCAAACACUGUCAGCAGCAUAGCUGGAGGACUAGGAAUCAUCAUCCUGAUCAUUAACCUAAAGAAGAGCUCAGCUUAUAUCUACCAUUGCCGGGAUAUUUAUGAGAACGACUUCUGCUUUGUGGCUUCUAUUUCCACUAAAAUUGUGGCAAUGAUCCUGUUUCUCACCAUUCUGGGGUUUUGCAGUGCUGUGUCACUCACAGUCCAUGGGAUUGGAGAAGUAAUUGAAAGAAAUAAGAUUCCAGAAGAUCGUCUUUAUGAAGAAGUAAACACCUAUGCACCAAUUUACAGUGAGUUGGAAGAUGGAGGGGAGGCAACUUCUCCCACUGAUUCAUAAGAAUCAUGAGUCCAGAACAUUCU